GGCACGCCAUUGGCUCUCCUCGCUGUCCAUCUCGGGCUGCGCGCAUGCGAUUGGCCACGGCUCACCAGAAGGGCGAGCUAGGUUGCUACCGCGCUGUCAGAACCGAAACCAAAAUAACGUGAGCGAAAUGGAGAGGCAAAAGAGAAACUAAAUACGCUGCAAAAUCUCACGGCGAGACACAGCCGGGCUAUAUUCUUUGACGGAGAAAAAAGGACACGGGCCGAGUUCAGUCUCCUCUCAGAAAGCUCGGACUGGCUCUGUGGCCGCAGAUUAUUCGAGGGUUCACGCUGGAUAAUGUCGGAGGGAAAAUGUGGGAGAGCAGCUUGUUGAGGUUGUGUCGCCACAUAAUAAGGCAGUAGACAGCAGCAUCAUGGCCCAUUUCGACACGGAGUACCAACGCCUGGAGGCUUCCUACAGCGACUCCCCUCCAGGAGAGGAGAACCUGCUGGUCCAUGUACCAGAGGGUUCCAAAUCUCAAUGGCACCACAUAGAAAACUUGGAUCUCUUCUUCCAGAGAGUCUAUAAUCUUCAUCAGAAGAAUGGAUUCACUUGCAUGUUACUGGGGGAAAUCUUUGAGCUUGUACAGUUGGUCUUUGUGGUGACAUUCACAGUGUUUCUGGCCAACUGUGUGGACUAUGACAUCCUCUUUGCCAAUAAAUUAGUCAAUCAUACUGACUCUUCGAAGGUGACCCUUCCUGAUGCCUUUCUUCCAGUGGAUGUGUGUAGUGCUCGGAUCCAUGAUAAUGUCUUUGUUAUUUUCAUUCUGGUGAUCUCGGGGGUCUUCUGGCUCCAUCGAUUAGUAAAAUUUAUCUAUAAUGUCUGCUGCUACUGGGAGAUCCGAUCAUUCUACAUAAAUGCUCUGAAGAUGUCAAUGGCAGAGCUUCCUUAUUUCACCUGGCAAGAAGUGCAGGCACGGAUCAUCGAGAUCCAGAAGGAGCAUCAGAUCUGCAUCCACAAGAAGGAGCUAACUGAGCUGGACAUCUACCACCGCAUUCUGCGCUUCAAGAACUACAUGGUGGCCAUGGUGAACAAGUCCCUGCUCCCCAUCCGUUUCCGUUUACCUUUUCUGGGUGACAGUGUCUUCUACACUCGGGGUCUCAAGUACAACUUUGAGCUGAUCUUUUUCUGGGGACCUGGCUCUCUCUUUGAGAACGAGUGGAGUCUGAAGUCAGAAUAUAAACGUGGAGGAAACCGGUUAGAACUGGCCGACCGCCUGAGCUCAAGGAUCUUGUGGAUCGGUAUUGCAAACCUUCUCCUGUGCCCAGUCAUUCUCAUCUGGCAAAUCCUCUAUGCGUUCUUCAGCUACACGGAGGUCAUCAAACGCGAGCCAGGCAUCCUGGGGGCGCGCUGCUGGUCUUUGUAUGGCCGCUGUUACCUGCGCCACUUCAACGAGCUGGACCAUGAGCUGAUGUCACGUCUCAGCAAGGGCUACAAGGCGUCCUCUAAGUACAUGAACUGCUUCAUGUCGCCACUUCUCACGGUGGUUGCCAAGAACGUGGCAUUCUUUGCUGGUUCCAUACUAGCUGUGCUCAUUGCCUUGACCAUCUAUGAUGAGGACGUGCUGGCUGUGGAGCAUGUUCUCAGCAGCAUCACACUCUUAGGGGUGUGCAUUACAGUCUGCAGGUCAUUUAUUCCUGAUAAGCAUAUGGUGUUUUGCCCAGAGCAGCUGCUCAAAGUGAUCCUAGCGCACAUCCAUUACAUGCCGGACCACUGGCAAGGCAAUGCCCACCGCUAUGAAACCAGAGAUGAGUUUGCCCAGCUCUUCCAAUACAAAGCUGUGUUUAUCCUGGAGGAGCUUCUGAGUCCUGUCAUCACGCCCUUCAUUCUCAUCUUCUGCUUGCGCCGCAAAUCUCUAGAGAUAAUUGACUUCUUCAGGAAUUUCACUGUAGAGGUGGUGGGAGUGGGAGACACCUGUUCAUUUGCUCAGAUGGAUGUCCGUCAACAUGGCCAUCCAGCGUGGAUGUCUGCUGGGAAAACAGAGGCUUCUAUCUAUCAGCAGGCUGAGGACGGCAAGACUGAGCUGUCACUUAUGCAUUUCGCCAUCACUAACCCACAAUGGCAACCACCGAGAGAAAGCACCCAUUUUAUCAGCCAGCUGAAGGAGAAGGUGCACAGAGAGGCCACUGGGGGGCAGCAGGGGACCGCAGCAGAAAAUCAUGCUUUCACUUCUACUCACUCUUUACAGUCAGAGUCUGAGCCCCGAAGUCUUAUUGCUAACCUCCUGGCUGGACCCCCAUCCUUAGCCUCCCUGCAUCUGGGUAGAGACAGCUCCAUAAUCAAUCACUUGUCGAUCGGUGUGAGUGAGGGGACGUCUGCCCUGCGCUCACUCUCCCCCCUCAGCACCAGCCUGCACCUGCGGGGCAGUUUCCCCUCCGCUAGGUUGCCCCGACCGGACCACCCUGCUGUGGCAGCGGGACGAGCCAUGGCGGGCUCAGGGACUGAUGCCCGUACUGUCAGUUCAGGCAGCAGUGCAUGGGAAGGUCAGCUGACUAGCUUGGUCCUAUCAGAAUAUGCCUCAACAGAGAUGAGCAUUCAUGCCCUCUACAUGCAUGAGAUGCAUAAGCAGCAGUCCCGUGGGGAGCUGUCGCGGCACACAUGGCACAGGCAGGAGAGCGACGAGAGCAGUGAGAGCGUCCAUGACGAUGUAGAGGCAAUCCGCAACCUCCCCCGCUCCAGCACAUUCCCCUUCGCCACCACUCCCAGCCAGGAGGGGGCAGGACUCCAGAGCAGCAGCCAGCGCCGUUAUGGAGGAACUACAGAGUCCCUGUGUGGAGGCCCUCGGGUUCAGAGGACAGCUCGGAUGCCAAUGGGUGGUUGGUCAGAGGAACCCCACACAGGCCGUCAUCAUGACCCUGUUCCAGAGGAGGGCUCUGAAGAUGAGCUACCUCCACACAUCCAUAAGGUGACGUAAUAGGAUUCUCAUCCCCUUUGGAGGACUCCCAACAAGAAUCUACUCCAAAGAGUUAGAAAACCAUAUUUAUUCAUCCUUGACAGCACUGACAUUCAAGACAGCUUACCACCUUGCAACAUCAACAGCUGACUUUAGCAAAAGACUCAAGGGGGGGUAUUCCAUGAAACUGGGAUGUGUUCAGUAUUUUCCCUGAGUAGGUAAAGCUCUGUCAAUCAUCAUCAUUUUUAUUUUAAUCAUUGAUUUUGGACGAAAGAUAUUUGAGGUAUCCAUGACAAGCUGUGAGGCUGCAGUUAUCCUGUUUGAAUCAGAGGUGAUACAUAUUUUGCUCGUGUAAUUUUCAUGCAGUUAAGAAGAGAAUUGUUUUAGAUGGGUGAAGGGAUAAAGUAUGAUUUGUUUAUUAAGUUGCCCCAGUGUGCUUUCAAAUUAGUCAAACAGAGAUAAUGAACUGAUAAUGGUUCUUAAAACGAACCUUAAAUAUGUAAUGUAUAUUUGAUUACUAAAUUUGUGUACUGUGCCAGAGGAUGCUCAAGCAAAUCUAAUUACUAUUCAUUUUGCUGAAUCCUGUUUUGUGUAAGUACUGUGCCAGAGAGCCUGAAAACAGCGCAUAUUGUUUUACAGCUUGAGGGAAAACCACUAAAACCUGUUGAAGCACGGCACUGGAUAAGACACUGCACCCUGACAUGCAUGCUCUUUACUCUUCUACUGUUUGCACAAAUUUGAAACGAGAAUGCACUUUAACUUUUUAGAAUCCAAAGGAUGUUUCAAAGUUUAUAUCAUUUCGCUUUUUGUAAAGGUUUCAUACCAGGUUUUGUGCCUAAGUUUGUGCAGAAAAUCCAGGCUUUUGUCAGAAACGUCUUUAGUUUUGCUGUCUGCAGCUCAGGAGAUUGAACUGAAGGGAGAAGGAGGAUGGAUGUUCAAUAUCAUGGUGAUGAUUUGGAUGUAUAGACUUGCAGACCUACGGUGCAGACCUACGCCCUCUGCUGGUCGCAUUGAAAACAUUUAAAUUCGCCAUGUAUUUUGCCAAAGGGAAGUGUAAGAGCAGUUUAAAAUGACUUAAAGGGGCACUCUGGACAACAUGAACAAUGUCUCCAUGCCUGUGUCUGAUGUAAACAUGCCUACGUAUGUCCUGCAGUGAUGCUAUAAUAGUCUGAGGAGUGAGAUUUACCAUCAUAAAGACUAGAAAAAAACACUUUUGAUGAUGUAUACUGAAGAUGGGAGGAACUUUAGAAAAACUACAAGCACUUUAGUGGUGGGUACUUGGCCGGGCUGUUUCAAAUGUUUUUCCCACUAGCUGGAAAUAAAGGAGGAAGCCGGAAAACGCAUUUCUAUUAGGAAGCCAGACGUCUCGCCUGUAUUUACUGGCCUCUGCACCAUCAGUGCUUUUUUAUUCACUGUGGGUGGGGGAUUCUCAGUGGUUGUAGGAAGAAUUUUUGUGAGGCAUGCUGGGUAUUGUAGUGAAAGAACACAAAAAGGAUACAAAAUCGUGAGAUGUGUCAAACAGAUGAGGCAGGGGGAUACAGUGCAGCACUAAUAUAACAGUUUUAGGUCAGAAUGCCCCUUGAAAGCCAGAACUUUUGUGAAACAGCCAUUCUAUGACCACAGCUACUGUGAGGGCAGUAAAGCAUAAUGAUUUUCAAGGUCAUAGAACUACAACUGAGCAACAAAUCCCAUGGCUUGAUGCUGGUGGUGCUUUGAGGAACAUGUGAUAGUGAUGUCAUUCAUUUGGUCAUUGAUAUAAACUAAAAUAUGACUGAAUAUGUGGGAUGCACCUCGCAGAGUAUGCUCUAAGUUUUUUUUAUUAUUUAAUGCAACCAGCAGGGGGCGAUCUGAACACUUUCCUUCCCUGUUCUUAAAGGCAUUCUUAUAGAUGGCAAGCUGUUCAGUUAUGAAUCAUAUUCAACGUUUAACAUGUUUGUUUUUCACAGUGUCAUUCACAAUGUUUAUGUACAGAAGGUCUGCCUCACAUCAUCUGACAAGGUUUCUGAGGCCCCCAGGUGCUUAAAUAGAACCACUCCAAGAUGCACCGGCUGCAUGACGCUCAACCUCCUUGCCAUUGUAGAUGUUGAAUGAUUUUACAGUUGGCCAAGUAGACUGUAAAAAGGCUUCUCUGACCUGAUCUAACUUAUCAGCUAUACAUGUGCAUCUUUCUUUUGUUUUUGGCCUUUUUAUAGACUGUGUUGUAUAUUUAAAUUUUGUACAGAUGUAAAUUCAUCAUUAAAGUAUUUAAUAAUUUGCGCAUUUAAAA